AUGGCGAUUCCCACGUCUGUGCCGCUCAAUGUGGGUUCAUCAGUGCCCCCGCGGCCCACAGAUGCAAAUUCCAAAUACAUCGCACCGACUCUCAAAUUGAAAGAUGUCUCUGAUUCGCUCCAGUUCCAUCAAGACAGAAACUCCUCCUCCAUGAACUCAUCAAGAGGCAAUUUGCUGAAACGCUUUUUACAUCCGAUGAGUCUUGAUGCCAAAGAAGUCAACUACAAGAUCAAUGUGCCCAAUUUUGCCAACUUGCCUCCAUUGCAAUUGGGCUCUAAGUUCAUCACGGACUUGAACAAGAUCGAUUCCUUGACUCCAUCGGAUCUCUACUACGGAGAAACUAUCAACAAAACCGAAACGGGCUUGGACAAUUACUACUUCGACUACGACAAUGGCUUGGGCGAGUUUUCCCGCUUCGAAAAGAUUAACCAGUUGAAUCUCCCCGAUAAGUUCUUUGAUGAAUACAACUCUACUGAAUGUAUAACCAAACAGGGCAUGUUUCCCGAGAUAGAAAGAUCGUGGAUUGCUAUCGAUAACAAGUUGGUCUUGUGGAACUAUAAAGUGCCGCAGCUGUCGUUCAACCAAUCAUCGCAGUUUCUCACAAUUGACCAGAUCAGACACACCAUCUUGACAGUAAAACUCGUCAAGCCCAAACCAGGCGUAUUUGUCCCAGAAGUCAACUACUUGUUAGUUGUGGCCACCACAAUCGACAUCCACAUCUUCAUUAUCAAAUACGAUUCUUCAUUCAACAAUUUGGAGAUCUUCAAUCCCGACUUGUCUAUCUCUUCUCAAGGAUUGAUUGUCAACAACUUCACAGUAAACCCCAAGACGAACGACAUAUAUUUCAGUGGAGAAGGAGAUGGCAUCAACAUCUGGCGCUUGGACUAUUCCAACAAGUCGAGCUUCAUCAAGAACAAGUGUGACAAGAUCUGUUUGACUAAAAGUGGCCUUUCCAGCGUGAUUCCUAACAAGUUACCUGGUCUCGGUCUUUUUGACUAUCUGGAAACUUCCAACAACGACAAGUCGACCGCUCCCAACAACAUCCCAGAGCUCUUGGUCCAGUUGGAAGUUGAUCCAGAGAGAGAUAUCUUGUAUUCGUUGUCUAACAAGUCUAUAAUCAGAGUCUACAAGCUUCAGCCAAAGCAAGAACAGCUCCAUGAAGCCAGCAGAUUAACGCCCAACCAGAUAUUCAAAUCUGCCUCUAGUUUAUUUGUAGAUACUGCCAAUAUCAAGGUGUUUGAGCGUUUCAAAGUUAUCAGCAUUCAACAUAUUUCUCCUCAGGAAUCUGGGGCAGUACAAUUAAUUGCUAUCACCAGUAAUGGCUGUCGAAUCUUGCUUAAGUUAGGUUCCAGUUCAACUUUUGGCUCCUUGAUUUCGUCUUCGUUUGCCAGCAGUUCUCUCGCUUCCGCUAUGAGGUUGAACUUGGCCACUAUCAAGUUCCCCCCUUCAAGAGAUGUUCCUGUGAUAAACCCUGAGCUUGAUUCUUUUACAAGAAACAAACAGUACUUGGCCCAGUUAGUAGCUAAUCAGCAGAAAUCUCAGCUUUUGAAAAACACCAAAAUCGCGAAGGUUAUCAGUCCUGGGGUCUUCAUCUGCGUGAAAAAGACGAAGAAAUCCGACAAGUUAUUCAUUGCUACUGCUAAUUACGGCUUUCUCAAGAAGAACAACAAGUUGGUGGAAGAUGCCGAAUUUAUCAAGUAUGGUGCAAAUGACGAUACUUCUUUCACGUACAUUAAUGACAUCAUCCAGUUGACACCAUCAAUGAAUGCUACCAAUACACCAAAUGGCUAUGCUAACGUUUUGGCCAGUCAAUACACUAAACAACCUUUGCGUUUUGCUUUAUUGACAAACUUUGGUAUUAUCAUCUACCAAUUCAAAUUAACUGAUCAAAUCUUGAAAACUCUUAAGGAAGAGACAAUCGAGAAUUUCAUAGAAGAGAACGGUUUUGAAGAAACCUGUUCCACAUUGCUUUACUUGUCAUGUUCUUACGGCCACCAUAAUUCAAAUGACUUAUUCAAGAGGAAGGCACAGAUAUUGUUUUCUACCUGCGGUAACAGCGCCAGGUUGACGGACUCCACACAAUUGCAGACUCACCAGAAUAAUGCUCUUUUGCCUCAUCAACAACAAUUGGCUAAUAUUGGCGCAACAAGUGAGUCUCAUCCCACAGUAGAUCAGGUUGUGUUGAGUGACAGAUUCUAUGGUACUUGUUUGUUGAUUUCCAGGUUGUUCCGUGAGUGCUGGAACAAGAAUGUCUUUGUUAAAUUGCCCCACAUCAAGUCCAACACAUUGGGAGAAAUUGAAGUGGCAUCUGUCAAAGAAGAUAAUUUGUUAAUUAAAGGUUUGAACAUUGACAAAAAGCAAGUGGAAUUCUUCAUUGGUUCCAUCAUCGUGUUGAUUGAUUUUUUUGUCGAGAAUGGAAACAGCAUUCAAGGAUUGAAUGCCCCUAAUUACAGUUCUGAUCCUAGCCAGUUCGAAAGCGAAGUCUGUUUGAGAGCUGAGCAUAUUGCAUUUACAUCUAUUAUCAAGUCAUUAAAUUCGAUGAAAGAAGCGCUUUCUUUCUUGAUGGUGCUAAUUGAAGAAAUUCAAAUAAACCAGUCCAACUUCAACGAUAUCUUCAAGUUCUUGUCGUUGACUAAUCAAGUCAAUUUGUUGAGUUUGUCGUUCAAAGAUCUCUUGUUGCCCAAUAGGGAAGUCAAGAACUUGAUCAAGGACUUGUUAUCUUCUAUCAUCAACAAAAAUAUUCUCAAAGGUGGCUCUAUCGACUUGAUUGCUUCCUCUUUACAGGGUCGUUGUGGCUCUUUCUGUUCUACAGAUGACGUAUUGAUCUUCAAGGCAAUUGAGAAUUUGACAAGAGCAAAAAAUAUUGGUUACAGAGACGCUGAAAUCAAGUCCAAAUGUUUGAAGAAUGCUGUGAUAUUAUUCGAAGAAGCUCAUGAAUCUUUAACAUUAGAAAACAUUGAGAAUUCCGUCAACAUUAUGUUGGAUUUGGAAUACUACGUAGGAGCAGUGGGCUUGUUGUUGAAGUUGGCUCACAAGGUUGGCAGCAAUCCUAAGAUCCCGAACGCGCAAUUUGAUCAGAUAAAUGCCCAUGACAACUCAAAGAAAAACACUAGAGCCAUUGAAGAUAACAAGAAAAGAUCGCAAUUGUUCAAUUUGGUAUUCAAGAUCUUGACAAGUGUUGAUCUGAAGGCUAUCAAAAUUACCGAAACCAAUAACCAGUUGUUGAUCAAUGAAUUCAUAGAAGUAAGAGACUCGGCUUACGAGUCUUGUUUUGCUUCUCAAGACAAAGCGUUCCAUUAUGAAUUCUACCAGUGGUUUAUUGACCAAGGUGUAAGCGAACGUCUUUUAGAAAUUGACACACCAUUCAUAUUGCCAUUCUUGGAAGAAAGAUCUGAGAAGACGUUGGCUCUUAGCGACUUGUUGUGGCUCUACCAUUCCAAAAGAGAACACUAUUUCGAAGCAGCCAGUAUCUUGUAUUCUCUAGCUAUAUCUGAGUUCGCAUUGAACUUGAACCAAAGAAUUGAGUACUUGUCCAGAGCAAACGGAUUCUGUAACUGUGUUUGCCCUCCUAACUUGAGACAAAAGAUGAUCCAGUUGUCUUCAGUUAUUCAAGAGUUGUUUGAUGUUGCCAAUGUUCAGUUGGAUAUCUUGGCUGCUAUCAAUUCUGAUUCUAGAAUUAGCAAAGAAAAUAAGGACAUAGCUACAUCUGCUCUUAAUUUCAAGAUCUUGACCAUUUCAGACUUGUUCAACACAUAUGCUGAUCCUUUGGGUUACUACGACUUGUGUUUGUUGAUUUUCAAGAUUUCAGACUACAAGAACACCGACGAUAUCUUGAAGAGAUGGGAGUUAUUCUUUGAGAAGAUUUUCCAUGAGUUCCUUGUCAAGAACAAGUCGAGCCUGGAAGCGUUCUAUAUUCUCGUUAAUAAAGCAUUUUCAUUAAUUGGAUCCAGGCUCUCGUCCAAUGACUUGGUCUUCCCUAUCGACGAGUUGAUCAAGCUCAUCAGCAAAUACUUGCAGGAGGCUAUUGAAGAGAACCCAGUUUCACAAAAGCCACCCAAGGGUGCGAUCAUAGACAUGUUUGUGAAGUCUGGCGUUGGCUAUGACAAGCUUUACUACGUCAUCAAGUCAUUGAUUGAACACAACACAUUCGAAAUCUAUCCUGGGUUCACCAACGACUUGAAAACGAACGAAAUGGCAUAUUUAAUCAAGAACUGGUACAACUCCGACAAGAAGUUACGAGAGUUGAUUUCCAGCGACAAGAUCAGAAAAUUAGAAGAUUAUUCACUUGAGGUAGAUCCUAUUAGUGACUUGGUUAAGCAUGGAGGUGUGUUAUUCUAAUAGGUUUAGAUGUCGUCUAUUCUUUUCUAGACUAUUCAAAAGAAAUGGAUAGUCUAGUGUUUGUAGUAUUUACAGUAUAUAAUUAAAGCAUUUCGUCAUUUCUA